AUGGUACCUAACACAGAGGUGCACUUUGAAGAAACGGCACUUAAGUCAAACAUUAAAAAGUAUAUUAAGGCCCGUAAAGAAGUAGUAAUAGCAAAUGAAAUAAAAACGAUUGGUAUAGUUAGGGAUCUAGCAAUGCUCAAUCUUAUCCAGUGGGGAUACUUUGUCGAUACCUUUGAGGAUAUAUUCAAAGAUAUUAGACUAGCAGCAGUCUUCUACACGAACACUCUGGUAAUCCUACCAGCAGAUCAAAGAUUAAAAAUUAUCAGAAAAUACCACGAGGCGGCAAUAGGCGGAUAUAGGGGAAUGAAUGAGACGCAUAACAGGAUCGCCAAUGGCUACUACUGGAGAAACAUGCACCCAGAUGUAAGACAAGUCAUCUUGGGAUGCACAUUAUGCCAAACAAAAAAACUUGUCCGAAUUAAAACAAAACAAGCCAUGCUCGUCACCAACAGACUAAGUAGACCGUUUGAAAAAAUUUCUAUGGACUUCUACGGGCCCAUCAGUAAACCCUUAGCCAAUCAGUAUACACAUUAUUUAUCUAUACAAUACUGGCUAUCAAAAUGUAUAGUUCUCGUAUCUGUGAAGAGAGCAACAGGCAAAGAAAUGGUGAGAGCGAUAACAGAUAGGUUUAUAGUGUACUUUGGGCUGCCAGAACAUUUAUUAUCGGACCAAGGCACACACUUUAUAAAUAAGAGCAUGGCCAAAUUUGCAAGGCUAUUCAGGAUAGACAAAAUGGGCAGCACAGCCUUCCAUUCACAAAGAAACGGUACCACUGGAAGAAUGCACCAUACUCUUACGGAAUACAUCAAGGCAUAUGUAGAACAAAAUGAUCACUGGGACGAAUAUUUACCGAUGUGCGUGCACUCAUACAACACAAUAGAUCAUCAAAGUACGGGAUACUCACCGCACGAAUUAGUUUUCGGACAAAGAGCUAGAACACCAUCUAGUAUUAGACUGUCACCUAAGGGAUAA